AUGGAAAUGAAUCUUAAAAAAUGGAAACAACUAUUUGAGUUAUUGGGAUAUGAGCAAGAAACAGGAGUAAAAGGAAAUAAUACCGCACGGGGUAGUCAGAGAUUGAGCUGGUCAGGGAGAGACAAUAAGAGCUGACACAAAGAAAAGAGAGAAGAUUCACGCGGUGGUACCGAACUGUGGUGAGGUUUGGUCCUACACGUGACCUGGCACGUGAAGCAUAGCCCAUGGCCACAUGGGCCCCUAGCACGUGCGGCCUCCCACACGCGUACGGCAUUCCUUCUUUCGCAGAGUCCCUGUGACGAGCAUGGACCACUCUACGUCUUUCUUUACCCUAUAGGCUUGGUCC